CAAAUUUCAUCAUCAGUCUUCAUUUCUUAGUCCCUCCAUCUAUAAAUAGAACGACAAACCUCCCCACUUCCAUGGCUGAAAUCUAGAAAUAUCACAAAGCAGAGAAAGAGAGAAGAACCACAUACAGUCAUACACUCUCCAAGAUGCCUUGCGUCCAGAUCUCCACCAACGUUUGCCUCGACGGCGUUGACACCGAUCCGAUCUUCUCCGAAGCCACCAAAGCCGUCGCUGAAAUCAUCGGCCGCCCUGAGAAAUUUGUGAUGGUGAUAUUAAAGGGGUCAGUGGACAUAUCUUUUGAAAGGAACAAAGAGCCAGCGGCAUUUGCGGAAAUAACAGCAAUGGGAGGAAUAACUUCUGAAGUAAAAAAGAAAUUAAUAUUUCAAUUAGGAACAAUUUUACUAGAAAAAUUGGCAAUUCCAAGAACAAGAUUAUUUGUGAAGGUUUUUGAUACUACCAUGGCUACUAAAUAUGCCAGACUCUAG